AUGUCGUUGCCAUCGACUAGAACAAAGGUGUUGUAUCUGUAUAGAAGGAUAUUCAGAAUGGCCAAUCAAUGGGAGAAGCCAACAGAGAAAGAGGAUAUAAGGACAGAGGCUAGAAUAUCAUUUAGAAGGAACAAGGAUCUGAAAGAUGUUACAGAAAUCGAUGAGAAGAUUGAGGAGGCAAGAUCAAGGAUGUUGCUGGCCUUGCACUACAAGAUACCAUACCCAAAGAAGAGUUACGCACCAAAGUCACAAGGAGUGAUGCCUGCCCACAAUGACCCAAACAACGAAGCAAACAUCAAUUGA